CUCCGGCCAAGUUGGAGAUAGCGCCGCUUCCAACCUUCAUCACAUUAUCAUCCCUGGUGGCUUCAAGCAAACUCCUCGUUCCAUCUCCAUCUCAUGGCCAUGUCUUUGGCCCGAGAUAUAUGAUUCAUACCUUUGCUACUACGCGCAUGUCGCGACCCUAGUUACCAGGCCUUAUCCGACCCCGGCUUCUCUAUUUCGAACCCUCAGCACUGGGGUGUAACAGCCCAUCAUGUCGCUCUUUGGAUCGUCGCCCACUGAAUCCACCCCGAUCAACUCCAAGUCCCUGUUCGGCGAAGAACCAUCAAGGCCUGCCACCAACUCGUCCUUAUUCGCAGAUGACGGCGGCGAUUCGCCCUGGUCCAUGCCCACCCCAAAGAAGAAUGCUCGCCAGAAUCUCGUGAAGAACCUCCUCCCUGCGACCGAUGUCCCAGAUAGCUAUGUUGAUGCCUACGACGCCGUUAUCAAUGCCAAUGAACGCACUGGGGUGGGUAUUGGGUUGACUGGAAUCAAGAACGUACUUGCCAGUAGUGGCCUCAGUGCGCAAGAGCAACAGAAGAUACUCAACUUUGUCGUUCCUGGUGGCCAGGAAAGCGCAAAUGGGGUUGGCAGGAGCGAGUUCAACGUGCUCCUUGCCCUCAUCGGUCUCGGCCAGGAGGGUGAAGACCUCACUCUUGACAGCGUUGAUGAGAGGAGAAGAAAAUUGCCUCAUCCACGGAUAGAUUACAUCGAUAAACUGCAGUCCCAUAGUCAACCUCCUGCUCCUCCCCCUCCACAGGCACGACCAACCCCGGCAAAACCAAAGCCCCGUCAAGAUUCCUUCGGUGGCGAUCCCACGUCGGACCCCUGGGCAAGCCCUUCAAAUCUUCGAGACCCUCCGCCCUCCGCAGCUGCCCACACCAUGCCCUCGAACGGCAUUCCCGUUAACGUCGAUAAGAGCGCGUCGAACGGCAUUGUGCGCACGACAAGCAAUUUCACCACUGGAGGUAGCAGUCCAAGUACCAACACUGGUUCUUCCCACGAUAACUCGUCUGCUGGCGUUGGAUCUGGCUGGAACACCUUCAAUGGCAAUUCCGGUGGCUUCUCUGAACAACCAACCCUGGGGGGAGGGUUUGGUGAUCCAAACGACGGCCAACAACCAGACACGCCUGGUCACCGCCAAUCCGGCUCUGCUUCCCAGAGUCUUACCAUCCCUCCCGGCACUGGCGAGUCGGUUGUUGUAACCAUGUUGCCCGAAAAAGAAGGCAUAUUCCUCUUUCAGCAUCACAAUUAUGAAGUCAAGACGAUCAGAAGAGGUAGCAGCGUCGUAAGGCGCUAUAGCGACUUCGUAUGGCUGUUGGAUUGCCUACAAAAGCGGUACCCUUUCCGAAGGCUACCACUACUGCCCCCAAAGCGUGUCCAAGUGAAUGGUACUCACCUUGCAGCUGAUGCAAGCACCUUCCUUGAAAAGCGAAGGCGUGGUCUCGUCAGAUUCGCCAACAGCCUUGUUCAGCAUCCAGUCCUGAGCCAGGAGACUUUGGUGGUCAUGUUCUUGACUGUGCCUACGGAAUUAUCUGUUUGGAGAAAACAGGCAACCAUCUCCGUUCAGGAGGAGUUCACCGGCAAAUCCUUGCCCCCAACCUUAGAAGACAGCCUGCCCUCGAAUCUCCCGGACCUUUUCGACCAAGUGCGUGUGGGUGUGAAACGGUCGUCCGAGAUCUAUAUCAAUCUCUGCGUCUUGUUGGAACGUCUUGUGAGACGUAAUGAAGGGCUCGCGUCUGAUAAUGCCAAGUUCAGUCAGGCACUGAACGCUGUCGCUGAGAGCAGCCACGAUACCUUCGCAAUCGACAACAACGACGUGCCUUUGCUGAAUGAAGGCAUUCACGCCACGGCCAAGCAUCUUUCAAACUCGCAAACACUUCUCGAGGAUGAAGCCAAGGGGUGGGAUACCGGCAUCCUCGAAGAUCUCAAGGCGCUUCGUGACAAUUUCGUGUCGAUGCGCGAUAUGUUUGAUCGCAGAGAUCGCUAUUCCCGUGACAACAUCCCUCAACUGGAAAGACGGAUUGAAGCUUCAGAGAAUAAGCUGCAGCAACUUCGACAGAAACCUCCGAACCUUGUCAAACCCGGCGAAAUGGAAAAGGUCGAAAGCAGUAUCAUGUCGGACAAAGAGAGUAUUGUUCAACAGUAUGCUCGAGGCGUCUUCAUCAAAGAGUGUGUCCGAGAUGAAAUUGUCACCUUCCAGAGCACAAUAUACGCCAUCACUCGGCUUCAUCAGGAAUGGAGCCAAGAGCGAGUUAAAUAUGCUGAAUUACAAGCGAGCAAUUGGAGGAAUCUAGUAGAUCAGGUUGAGAGUAUGCCUUUGGGAGAAUGAAUUGGUUUCUCCUCAGUCUGUACGGCGUUUUCAGCGACAUGGGAUGAAGAGACGGGCCUUUGCGAGCCCGCCUAAUUUUCAUAGCUUCAGGCGGAGUAUAUUUGUUGUGCAACGAGUGGCUAGAAAGCCAUGAGCAUCAUAAUUCUAUAUCACAAGUACAAGAAGCAUUGAACAAAGAA